CGAAUGUUCGACAUUGGCUGUGUCUCACAGCGCACGUCAUUUACUUUACCCCUCGUAUUCCGUCCUGACAAACUUCAUAACAAAAAAUUAAUAAAUUGAAUGAAAACAAGACGACAUCUGUCUGGCUGAGUGGGCGGGACCACACUGAUGACGUCUUUUUGCGUCGCCCUGUUUGCACUUUCUGCGCAUGCUCCUAUUCGACAUUCGUACUCGGACUUCUUUCAGGCCACAACAACAAGCAAAGGUCCGGAAGUAUCAGAAACUAAGAGAUGUUUGACUGAACAUUCAGAGGAGCCAUUGACUCACACGAGCACCGCGAAGACGUCCGUAGAGGUGAAAGAGAAGAGGAGAAGUGGGAGGCGUUCAUCUUGAAUGUGUCAGAAGUGACACUGAGGAGGUCGGUCAACGACAACGGGACCCUCCUUCCUUCUUCUCAUUUCCACGUGUGAGUGAGGUGACUAAUGGGCCGGGGCUUCCCAGGUGAGAAGAAGGGGUCUUAGUAGAGAAGAGCCAACAGUUGGGGUUCAGAGAAGAGUUUUACACGGAGCAUGGCCUCGGUUAAACAGGAAGGCACGGACCAACGACUGGCACACAUUAAAGAAGAGGACUGUGAGUCAGGGGCACCAGAGGGUGUGUGUGUGAAGGUGGAGGACUGCGAAGAAAGCAUUUGCGUUUUUAAAGAAGAGGAGUGCAAGGAGGAGUCUGCUGAGAUUCAAGUCGAGGACCUGAAAGAUUUCUCAUUUGGCCUUGCACUGCAAAAACGUGAAGCUGGCCCCAUUUUCAAGCAAGAUGUGGGUGAAGAAUCUGUUAACAAUUUGCAGCCCUGGGUCACUAAUACUGGACAACUGGCUACCGUGGAGAUUUCUGUGCAAGUAAAAUCUGAGUUAUCGGAACGUGAGGAGAAAAUUACUGAAGGAGACGGAAGAAAAGCAGAAGAGCAGCUGGGAAAAAAUUUACAUGAGAAAGGCAGCAUCUCCGCAUCUUCAUUUGCUCAGACCUCUGUCCUGAACUAUGAGAAAAUGAAGAAACCAACCAAUGGAUCAGAAUACCUGACCCCAGCCUCUUCCCAGUGUAGUUCACUUCAUGCUACUACAGUAACACAGACCGAAGCCAUCAAUACUUCUCCACAAGAAGUGAGUAAACACAUCCAAGUUCAAACUGGAGAAAAACUUUACUGUUGUUUGGAAUGUGGCAAACAAUUCUUACACAAAAGUAGCCUACAUAAGCAUAAGAAGCUUCACACUGGUGAGAAACCUUAUAGUUGCACUGAAUGUGGCAAAUGUUUCUUAGAGAGAAGUAAUCUUAAUAUCCACAUGACAGUUCAUACCGGCGAGAAACCCCAUUGCUGUUCAGAAUGUGGCAAACGAUUCUCGCGAAUUCGCAGUCUUCAGAUCCACACAAGAAUCCACACUGGAGAAAAACCUUAUUGCUGUCCCGAAUGUGGCAAACGAUUCUAUGACAGUAGUGGCUUACGGGAGCACGCACGAACUCACACUGGAGAGAAACCAUAUGUCUGUUCUGAAUGUGGGAAGAGGCUCUCCAAUAGUAGCAGUUUUCGGAAGCACAAGCGCACUCAUACUGGAGAGAAGCCAUACGUCUGCUCUAAAUGUGGCAAAACCUUUUCCAGCAAUACUUCUCUUUUUAAUCAUGGCAAAAUCCAUGCAGGAGAAACACCUGAAUGUGACCAGCAAGUCUCAGCCAGUAAUGACCUUCAUGUUCUUGAAGGAACCCGUCCAAGUGAGAAACCUCAUAGCUGUUCUGAGUGUGACAAACAUUUCUCAGACAGCAGCAGUCUUAACAGGCACAUGAGGAUUCACACUGGAAAGACUCUCCAUCCUUGUCCAGAAUGUGGCAAGCAAUUCUCACUACUCAGUCGUCUUCAGAGGCACUCACGAAUCCAUACUGGAGAAAAACCCCAUUGUUGUCCAGAAUGUGGGAAACGAUUCUUAAAAAUACACCUUCUUAAAUGUCAUAUCAGAAUUCAUACUGGAGAGAAACCUUUUGGCUGUUCUGAGUGUGGCAAACGAUUCUCUGACAAUAGUAGCUUAAGGACACACAUACGAAUUCAUACAGGAGAGAAGCCAUAUUGCUGCACUCAGUGCGGAAAAAGAUUUUCCAACAGUAGCAGCUUUCGGAAGCACACAAGAACACAUACUGGAGAGAAGCCGUAUGUCUGUUCUGAAUGUGGAAAAAGCUAUACAAGCAAGAGUAUUCUUUAUAAACAUACCAAAAUUCAUACUGGAGAGAAACCUUAUUGCUGUUCUGAAUGUGGGAAGAGAUUCUUAGAAGUAGGCCAUCUUCAACGCCACAACAGAAUCCAUACUGCAGAGAAACCUUAUUGUUGCCCUGAAUGUGGUAAACAGUUCUCACAAGCAAGCCAGCUUCAGUGCCACAGCAGAAUUCACACCGGAGAGAAACCUCAUUGCUGUUUGGAAUGUGGCAAGCGAUUCUUACACCUCCCUAGUCUUUAUAAACAUCGAGGAAUUCAUACUGGAGAAAAGCCUCAUUGCUGUUCUGCAUGCGGGAAGAGAUUCUUGCAAAGAUGCCACCUUCAACAACAUAUCCGAAUUCAUACGGGAGAGAAACCCUAUUGUUGUUCUGAGUGUGGUAAGCAAUUCUCAAGCAGCAGUACCCUUUCUAGCCAUAAAAGAAUUCAUACUGGUGAGAAACGUCAUGGCUGUUCUGAAUGUGGCAAGCGUUUUUCGGACAACACCAGUCUUAAUAGCCACAUGAGAAUUCACACUGGAGAGAAACCCUAUGGUUGUUCAGAAUGUGGCAAACGAUUUUCGCAAAGAAACAGUCUUCAGAACCACACAAGACUUCACCAUACUGGAGAAAAACCUUUUUCUUGCUCUGAGUGUGGGAAAAGUUUCUGUGACAGCAGCAGUCUUCUGAGGCAUGCGCGAAUUCACACGGGGGAGAAGCCAUAUUGCUGUUCUGAAUGUGGAAAAAGGUUCACAUGCAGUAGCAGCUUUUGGAGGCAUGCAAGGACUCAUACUGGAGAGAAACUGUAUUGCUGUCCUGAAUGUGGAAAACGAUUUUCUUGUAGUAGCAGCUUAUGGAGGCACAAACGGAUUCAUACUAGAGGAAAACCCGUUGUAAACGUGGCACAGAAUUUUUCCUCUGACCCUACAAACAAAGGAACAGUGAAAGAAGACAUCAUUGCUGUUCCUAAUGAGGACGAUAAUUCUCAUUUAAAGUAUGCUGAUGAAGAGUCUCCACAUUGCUGCUCUACCUGGACGUACUUCUUCAAUCCUCUGGACCCUCCUUCCUUCUUCUCAUUUCCAUGUAAGAGAAUAACCAACAGUUGGGGGUCAGAGAAGAGUUUUACACGGAGUAUGGCCUCGGUCAAACAGGAAGGCACGGACCAACGACUGGCACACAUUAAAGAAGAGGACUGUGAGUCGGGUGCGCCAGAGGGUGUGUGCGUGAAGGUUGAGGACUGCGAAGAAAGCAUUUCAGUUUUUAAAGAGGAGGAGUGCAAGGAGGAGUCUGCUGAGGUUAAAGUGGAGGACCUGAAAGAUUUCUCAUUUGGCCUUGAACUGCAAAAACGUGAAGCUGGCCCCAUUUUCAAGCGAGAUGUGUGUGAAGAAUCUCUUAACAAUUUGCAGCCCUGGGUCACUAAUACUGGACAACUGGCUACCGUGGAGAUUUCUGUGCAAGUAAAAUCUGAGUUAUCGGAACGUGAGGAGAAAAUUACUGAAGGAGGCGGAAGAAAAGCAGAAGAGCAGCUGGGAAAAAAUUUACAGGAGAAAGGCAGCCUCUCCGCAUCUUCAUUUGCUCAGAUCUCUCUUCUGGACUAUGAGAAGAUAAAGAAACCAACAAGUGGAUCAGAGAACUUGACCCCAGCCUCUUCCCAGUGUAGUUCACUUCAUGCUACUACAGUAACACAGACCGAAGCCAUCAAAACUUGUCAACAAGAAGUGAGUAAACACAUACAAGUUCAAACUGGAGAAAAACGUUACUGUUGUUUGGAAUGUGGAAAACAAUUCUUACGCAAAAAUAGCCUUUCUAAGCAUAAGAAGCUUCACACUGGUGAGAAAUCUUAUAGUUGUUCAGAAUGUGGCAAACGAUUCUCGCAAAUUCGCAGUCUUCAGAUCCACACAAGAAUCCACACUGGAGAAAAACCUUAUUGCUGUCCUGAAUGUGGCAAACAAUUCUAUAACAGUAGUCGUUUACAGAAGCACGCACAAACUCACUCUGGAGAGAAACCAUAUGUCUGUUCUGAAUGUGGGAAGACGCUCUCCAAUAGUAGCAGUUUUCGGAAGCACAAGUGCACUCAUACUGGGGAGAAGUCAUACAUCUGCUCUAAAUGUGGCAAACGCUUUUCCAGCAAUACUGCUCUUUUUAAUCACACCGAAACUCAUGCAGGAGAAACACCUGAAUGUGACCAGCAAGUCUCAGCCAGUACUGACCUUCAUGUUCUUGAAGGAACCCGCCCAAGUGAGAAACCUCAUAGCUGUUCUGAGUGUGACGAACAUUUCUCAGACAGCAGCAGUCUUAACAGACACAUGAGGAUUCAUACUGGAAAGACUCUCCAUUCUUGUCCAGAAUGUGGGAAAAGAUACUUAAAUAUACACCUUCUUAAAUGUCAUAUCAGAAUUCACACUGGAGAGAAGCCGUAUGUCUGUUCUGAAUGUGGAAAAAGCUAUUCAAGUAAGAGUAGUCUUCACAAACAUGCCAAAAUUCAUACUGGAGUGAAACCUUAUUGCUGUUCUGAAUGUGACAGACACUUCUCACAAGCAAGCGAGCUUCAGCGCCACAGCAGAAUUCACACCGGAGAGAAACCUUAUUGUUGUUUGGAAUGUGGCAAGCGAUUCAUUCACCUCCCUAGUCUUUAUAACCAUAGAGGAAUUCAUACCGGAGAGAAGCCUCAUUGCUGUUCAGAAUGUGGGAAGAGAUUCUUGCAAAGAGGCCACCUUCAAAAACAUAUCCGAAUGCAUACUGGAGAGAAACCUUUUUGUUGUUCCGAGUGUGGAAAACAAUUCGCAAGCAGCGGUUCCCUUUGUAGCCAUAAAAAAAUUCAUACUGGUGAGAAACGUCAUGGCUGUUCUGAAUGUGGCAAGUAUUUUUCGAACAGCAGCGGUCUUAAAACCCAUAUGAGAAUUCACACUGGAGAGAAACCCUAUGGUUGUUCAGAAUGUGGCAAACGAUUCUCACAAAUAAACGGUCUUCAGAACCACACAAGAUUUCACCACACUGGAGAAAAACCUUUUUCUUGCUCGGAGUGUGGGAAAGGUUUCUGUGACAACAGCAGUCUUCUGAGGCAUGCGCAAAUUCACACUGGGGAGAAGCCAUUUUGCUGUUCUGAAUGUGGAAAAAGGUUCACGUGCAGUAGCAACUUUAGGAGGCACGCACAGACUCAUACUGGAGAGAAACUGUAUUGCUGUCCUGAAUGUGGGAAACGAUUUUCUCGCAGUAGCAGCGUAUGGAGGCACAGUCAAAUUCAUACUAGAGGAAAACCCGUUGUAAACGUGGCAGAGAAUUUUUCCACUGACCCUACAAAAACAGAAAAAGUGAAGGAAGACGCCACUGCUGUUCCAAAUGAGGAAGAUAAUUCUCAUUUAAAGUAGUUGACAAGUAUGCUGGAAUUCACAGUAGAGAGAAGGCUUAUUGGAUGAAUGUGACAAAUGGUGCUUAGUUGUAAGGUUACCACUGGGGAGAAACUUCACUGUUGUCUAAAAUAUAGAAAUGAUUCCCUCACAGUAGAAGUCUUUAUAAACCUUGAAGAUUUUCUUUUUUCUUUUUUUUUUACUGUGAGGAAAUCUUAUUUUUAUCUUUAUUGUGGUAAAUGGUUCUUAGGCAACAGUGGCAUUCAUAGCUAUGAAUAAAUUCAUACUGAUGGUUGUUGUGAUGUUAGAUUUUGCAUAUAACUUGAUAAACAUUUUAUUUGUGAUUAUUUGUAAUUUAGGCCAAACAAUGUCAGAAAAGUGAAUUUUACGAUAGAGUUUGGUGGAAGUUGCUAGAAACAAAUGUUUCUCUGCUAGAGUCUGUCUCUCUCUCUCAUCCCCCACACAAAACCAAGUUGCCUAAUUGCCACACUUUACGUUAACAUAUGGUUUGCAGGAUGGCAGGUGUUAAGAUGUUCUAGUUCCCCAUUGGUCUGAAGUGUGGCUGUUUUGGAAUUUUCUUGGAUCAGAAGCUUUUAAGUACCAUGAUGUCCUAGUGGGUCUAGGGGUUGGACAGAACAUCUAUAAAUUUACUUAUUUAA